AUGCCGAAUUCAUUCGAUCGCAGUAGAAUAAAAAAAGUCGUUUAUAAUGAUCAAUUAGGUUAUUCAAUAGUUUAUUAUUAUCCAGUGGGUGAUAACAUGGUAGCAGUUCCUGAUGAUGAAGAUCAAUGUCAACCCCGACGUCAAAUAUUGCAUGAAGUUUUUCCAAAUGAUAAAAUUUUUAUUGAUGAAGUUAAGGCCAUAGCAAGAAAAUUAGAGAGACAAAAUGCUGAAAAAGAAAUUAGAGAUGUAUGUGAGAAAGUUCAUGAUUUAUUCAAACAUGUUGAAGAGUCGAGUUUAAGUCGACGAGAUAUUUUAAGCUAUCGAGUAAGAGAACAAAUUAAAGGGAAAUCAGCUGAUCAAAUCUGCAAUAUUUUAGUUGAUGAUGUCUUGAAGCACACUAAAUAUAUUUAUCAGCCAAAAAGCUUUGACGAUAACAUCCCUCAUAAAAUGAAACUUAAAAUUCUGAAAGCAGCUAUCGAACGACCUUCAUCAUCAACGAAAAACUUCACCAGUGAAUAUGAAAAUUCAAAAGAUGAAACUGUGGAACGAGAAAAUUUAUUUAAGCGUAUCGAGGAAACUUUAAACAGAAACAUUUUAGCCGAAAUUCAUAGACAAAAAUAUGAACGGUUAAUGAAUAAGAUUCAACAUGACAUUACUGUUCUGAAACGUCGUUGUACAAAUAGAAAAUUUUAA